AUAGAUGUAUUGUCUGAAGAAUCCGACACUUUGGGCUUUGUUGAUCACAAUGCUUACCCUCAAAAGCAGCAGACUGGAGUGUUCUCCAAGUUCUAAGCCAUGUCCUUGUUGGAUCUGGUCACUGAGGAAGUGCCAGUUAUUCCAGCUGCAAAAGAUCCACACUUCACGCUAAAGCAAGAACAUGAAAAGAUUCCAACAUACCUAAAGCUCGAAGGUAAGAAUCUAAUGAUGAUUUAACAAGUGGUAGAAUAUUAACACAAACUUCUUCAAAUGAGGAUACAGGUAGACGCAAAGGAGGAACAAGAAGAUCAUGAGAACUGCUCUAAGAAGGCUGCUGCCAUCAGUGUUGAUUCUUGUGUUGCUUACGCCAGGAUCAGAUGGGGAUGAUCUGGAGAAGCAAUGGUGCGUAGCAGAUGAACAAACACCUGAUGAUAUUCUACAAGCAGCACUUGAUUGGGCAUGUGGACCAGGGGGUGCAGACUGCAAGAUGAUCCAACCAAACAAGCCUUGCUAUCUUCCCAACACCAUAAAAGACCAUGCAUCUUAUGCCUUCAACAGCUACUGGCAGAGAUACAAAAAUCACGGAGGCUCUUGCUACUUUGGUGCUGCUGCUAUGGUUUCCGACCUAAAUCCAAGUCAUGGUGCUUGCCAGAUCGAGUCGCUUCCUUGACACAGCUCAGCGUAAACUUGUGAGAAAUCUCAGACUACGAUACUUGGUCAUCGUGUCUGAAAGGCAGCUCUUUCUUGAUGAUGAGUACGAGUGAAUGCAGCUCUUUCUUGUUCAAAUUAUGAUACUUCUCUGUGAUUAAUGACAAAGUUGCCAGAUUUCAGUCUU